CUGCCUCAGUCAUCUAGCAGUUGGACACGAACACCUUGAAAAGGACAGAGUUAGCAUACUCUAUAGAUCUCCAAAGGCCAUAUUCAUGGUGCACUUCCAUGGCUUGGCUCUUUAGGAUGAAGAAUGUAAAGAAAUUACAUUUUCCACUGGUUCUUGUUUUAGCUUAUCUCUGUUACGCACAAGGAGACUAUGCCCCACAUUUCUUUGACAAUGGACCAUAUGGUGACAAUGGAAACCUGGCUCUCUUCAGUCUGUCAGAAGACACACCAGUCGGCACACAGAUCUAUGCUCUCAAUGGCACUGACCCAGAAGGUCAAGAGGUGAGGUAUGGUGUGGCAUUUGAACCAGGAUCUAAAGAGUUCUUCCGAGUAGACCCCAAGUCUGGCAACAUUACUUUGGUGGAACCACUGGAUAGAGAGAAACAAGAUUCAAUUGAAGUUUAUGUCAGCAUCACAGAUGGCCGAAACAAGGUCACAGAAAAAGUCACAGUGUUUGUAAUGGAUGCCAACGAUGAGAGACCAGAGUUUGAAAACAUGCCUUCCAUUGUAGAUGUCCCAGAGACUACAGAGUCAGGUAACAGCAUCUACAAAGUGAAGGCUGUGGACAGGGACACUGGCUCAGGAGGCUCUGUCACAUACUACCUCCAGCAGAGCACUCAGGACAGUAAGUUCUCCAUAGACAGACACAGCGGCGUCCUCCGCAUCAAGCCUGGGGAGAGCCUGGACUAUGAGCAGUCGCGGACCCACUUUGUCACAGUGGUGGCAAAGGAUGGUGGGGGGGAUUUCAACGGCAAGGAGCAGGUGAUGUCAUCCUCUGCCACCCUGACCAUCAACGUCAUCGAUAUCCAGGACACACCGCCCGCCUUUGUGGGGACUCCAUAUUUCGGCUAUGUCUACGAAGUGUCUUCACCGGGCUCAGAAAUAUACACUGUCCUUGCCAAGGAUGGAGACGUGGGGAACCCAAACCCGAUCCAUUACUCCAUAGAGAGUGGUGCAGAUGGGGUUUUUGGCAUCAACAAAACCAGUGGGUGUAUCCGCUUGCUAAUUUACCCUGUCAAUCUAAAGAGAGAGAUAUUCAACAUCAAAGUCAAGGCCUCAGAGGUCAGCCCGGAUAUGGACUUUUUGGACUUUGGUUUAACCACGGUUGUGAUUCGAGUUGUUGACCUCAACAACCAUCCACCAACAUUCUUUGGUGAAAAUGGACCACAGAACAUGUUUGAGAUGACCAUGUAUGAGCACCCCCCUGAGGGAGAGAUCCUUAGGGGUCUGAAGAUCACCGUCAAUGAUUCUGAUCAGGGGGCUAACGCUAAGUUCAACCUGAGACUGAUUGGCCCGGGGCGAAUGCUACGAGUGGUUCCUCAGACAGUACUCAACGAGGCACAGGUCACCAUCCUGGUAGAGGACUCUGCUGCUAUGGACUACGAGAAACACCAGUUCCUGACCUACAAGCUCCUUGCUGUGGAGAUUGAUACCCCUGAGAGGUUCAGUGCCACUGCAGACAUUGUCAUUCAUCUCCUCGACUCAAAUGACAAUGCUCCAAAGUUCUCCUCUGACUACUACAUCGCCCGAAUUCCCGAAAACUCCCCAGGUGGUUCCAAUGUGGUGGCAGUGACGGCGACAGAUCCCGACUCUGGGCUCUGGGGAGAGGUCAAAUACUCCAUCUACGGUUCAGGGGCAGACCUGUUCCUGAUCCAGCCUGCAUCUGGUAUCAUCUACACUCAGCCAUGGGCCAAUCUGGAUGCUGAGGUCAAGUCCAAGUACAACUUCUACGUCAAGGCCGAAGACACAGAGGGUAAAUACAGCCUGGCUGAGGUGUUUGUCACCGUGCUGGACCUAAACGACCACUCGCCAGAGUUCAAUGAUAAAUUUCUGGAGAAGACCAUGGUCAUUGGAGCACCAGUGAAAAUAGAGGCUGUGGAUGACGAUGCAGAGGAACCCAACAAUGUCAUUGAAUACUCCAUAAUGAAGGCUGACCCAGAUAACAUCUUUGACAUCAAUGCUGACACGGGUGAGAUCAAGCUCAAGUCCUACAUCAAGUCCAUGGAUAUUGUCCAGAACAUCACCAAGCAGAAGGACUGCACCUGGUCUGUAGUGGUCCAGGCACGCGACCGGGGUUCACCAUCCUUUAGCACCACCACCGUGGUCAAGAUAGACAUCACAGAGGCGACUCAACUCAGGGGGGGGCCUUUGGCGUCCUUUUUAAUGCGUAGUAGAGACAAGCCAUUGCAAAUCCUAGGCGUAAUCGCUGGUUUUAUUAGUAUCAUGGUAAUUGUCACAGUCUUCAUCUCCACCGCAAUGUUCUUGCGCAACAAAAAGUCAAACAGGAUCCUGCCCAACCGGCGCAUUCGGAGGCGACCUCGACACCGGCAGCCCUGGACUUUCAAGAACCCCUUUAAGAAACCGGAUAACCCCGGAGAGAAGUUUGUUGUGGAAGAGCCAGAGCUUGAAGAGGUGGAUAACAUUAACUGUAACAACAACUUGGUGGACUACCACUACCGCCCACCAGCUCCUGUCCCGUCUGCCCCCGCACUGCCCCCUCCCGGCUACGGCUACUCCAGGCCAGGGGACAGGCAAUGGAUGGUUCCCACUGUGUCUGGCACAGUGACUGCCAAGCCUAAGAGUAAAUCCUUCAGGGACAGAGAAAACUGUGUGAACGUUGCGCUGGUGUCGGAGCUCAAAAUGAGACUGGAACAGAAGAGGAUGCAAAACCGCUACUAGGAGUGUGUGUGUGUUUGCAUGUGUUAGUGGAGGUUUAUGUGUGUAUGGGAAUGUGUGUAUCCAUUAAAGAUAGGAUAAACUCAUCAUGAUUAUUUUAUAGAGGCUUUACAAUGUAUAAUUGUAUAAGGGCGAACUCACCUCAUGUCUCCUUUCUUUCUAAGCUAUUUGUGUGAUGUUCAAUGCAUACAUAUUUAUAUUGUUCGAUAUAUUUUGUAUUUGUUUCAGUAUAUGCUGAUGUAAAAUUCUGGACUGAUGAAGCCUACAUCGAUUUGUUGAUAGUUGUUUACAGUCCUCCCUGGACCUCAGGUCCUUUGUAGGUCAUGGGGAUGAGGCAAUGGACAAGAUCUUACAGUGCCAGGUUGCUAUUUGGUCUUGAUCCAAGCUCCUUACAGGGGCUUUAAUGUCUAAAGAGAUCAUCCAAGGGAGGUGGACUCAACUGAUCACCUGAUGAAGACAUCUAAUCCAACUACUUUGGUGUAAAGCAACAUGCAUUCAUCCCAAACACUUGACACAUUGGAAAUCAUUCCAAAUGAAUCAUGCUUGAGGUCACUUGAUGUCUGUAAUGUAACUGCCAUUGGCCACAACGUGUCUCAUUGUAUUUCAUGUGUUUAUGUGUUUCUGUUACAGACUGGAAAUAUAGACAUACAGAUGUCAAUGUUUCCAAACUCUUAUGUUUUACCACAAACAAAUACCUAACAAAGUAAAUAA